AUGUCUGUCCGCAGACGUCUUCAAACAGGCGCUGAGCGCCACGGCUCACAAUCAUCUCCCGCACCAGGCAGAUCUCGCCCCUCCAAUCUAAACGGAUCAAUUCCUUUCCCAGAAUACACUCCACCAACAUGUCCUCUCUCGGCCGAUGCACAACGAGCCAUUUCCAAUAUUCGUACUCUUCAUAAUAGCGCUAAGCUCAAGAAACAUCUGAGUCAAGCGAUCAAAAAUAUCACAGACACAACUGUCGCCAAUAACGAUAGGAUAUGGGAGCGCAAAAGACAAGUAGAGAAAAAUGCGCGGAAGAGACAACGGGAUGGACAAGAUGAUGAGGAGAUUCCAGCGGAGCAUAAGGAUUUGGAAAUUCACACGAAACAUCUAGCGAAGAAAGUUAAUAUUUGGACGGAGCAGGCGGAGUUGGCGAUGCGGGUCUUGAUUGAUAAGGGCGAUGAGGUGGAGAGGAAUGAUUUGGUUGUUAGGGAUGUUUGUGGUAAAUUGGCUGAGGCCAAUCCAGCUCCUCCAAUGCGAAGGACCAGGGGCCAAGAAGAUGGGGAGGAAGUGAAGCAAGAUGGAGUGGUUGUAAGUGCAGUGGAAUUGUUAGAUCAAAUCAAGGAGGAGUAUAGGUCAAAGUAUGAGACGGAAAGUAUGACAAAAAGAUACGCCUCUCAUAACGACUACAAGAGUUUCAAGCGUGUAGUCCACGAUUCCCUCCAUCCAGAUGGAGACCUACCCCUUCCCAAAGAAUCUACAUGGUUCCCCUCAGACCGCUCCCACCCAUCUGCUCAAGCCAACGGACAAGCCGAAGAAGAAUCCUCUGAUGACGAGAUUGUAAUCGAACGAGUCGUCAAAGAUCUCAAAUGUCCUCUUACUUUUGCAAUUUUCCGCUUCCCAUACACAAAUAACAAGUGCAAUCACAGUUUUGAAAAAGAAGCAAUCAUCGAAUAUCAUGGGAAAAAUGCGACAAAUCAGGGUGGAAAAAGAGUGGUUAAGUGUCCGGCGAUUGGAUGUGAGAAUUUAAUUGCUAUGAAGGAUAUGUAUGAUGAUCAGUUGUUGUUGAGACAGGUUAGGAGGGCGACACAGAGAGAAAGAAGUGAGGAUAGUGAUGAGGAUGAUGCUCCGAGAGGAACUCAAAGAAAUAGACCUGAGGAGUUAGAUGAUGAAAGUACAUUUUUGGAUGUAGAUGAUGAAGAGAGGCGGCGAAGUGUAAAGAGGGAGAAAAUGAGUAGUAGGCCUCCACCUACUUUGACGCAAGUUAGUACGGAUGGCGAAGAUGAAGAUGAAGAGGAUGAAUAA